UAAGCACAAUCAGCAUAAUAAGCACAGACAGGAUCGACGACGUUCUUUACCAUUGCAAUCAAAUUUCAUUUUAACUUAUCCAUUCCCUUUUUUUUCCAUUUCUUUCCCUUUUUCCCCCAUACCUUUUUUUGUCCUUAAAUUUAAGAUAGCCAACUUUUAGCUAUGUAUAACACAAAGCCGGCUUCUCCUACAUCCUCCUUUCUUCCUCCUACAAAAACCCUUUUCAACAAAACUGUGGAUCUUCCCAUUCCCAAUGAUGAUGGUGAUGAACUCCGUAGAUUGCCUACUCUCCCUGAGGCUCUGGAAGAGAUAAAAGCCGUAGGGAAGAUCUCAGGCCCGACAGCUGUCAGUAGUUUACUUCUAUAUUCGAGAGCGAUGAUCUCCAUGCUCUUUCUCGGCUAUCUUGGUGAACUCGAGCUGGCUGGUGGCUCUCUUGCUAUUGGUGUUGCAAACAUUACUGGCUACUCUGUAAUCUCUGGUUUAGCCAUGGGAAUGGAACCCAUUUGUGGACAAGCUUAUGGUGCCAAACAAUGGAAAAUCCUGGGGUUAACACUGCAGAGAACGGUGCUUCUCCUCCUCUCGGCUUCUAUCCCUAUCUCUUUCAUGUGGGUCUACACGAAAACUAUUCUUCUCUGGUGUGGUCAAAACCAAGAAAUAUCAUCCGCGGCACAUACAUUUAUUCUUUUCUCCAUUCCAGACCUUUUUUUUCUCUCGCUUCUUCACCCUCUUCGAAUCUACCUCAGGACUCAAAGCAUUACGUUGCCUGUGACUUACUGCUCCGCCAUCUCUGUGGUUCUCCACGUUCCGUUGAAUUACCUUCUUGUUUUCCAUUUCAAGCUUGGUGUAGCAGGGGUGGCUAUAUCCAUGGUGUGGACUAAUCUCAACGUCUUCCUCUUCCUCUCUUCGUUCGUUUACUUCUCGGGUGUGUAUAAAGAUUCUUGGGUAACUCCGAGCAUCGAUUGUCUUAAAGGAUGGUCGUCUCUUCUUGCUCUUGCUGUGCCGACUUGUGCUUCAGUUUGUCUCGAAUGGUGGUGGUACGAGUUCAUGAUAUUGAUGUGCGGGUUACUUGUUAACCCCAAGGCUACCAUUGCUUCCAUGGGGAUCCUUAUUCAAACAACCUCUCUAAUCUAUUGCUUCCCUUCGGCUUUAAGCGUUGGAGUUUCCACAAGAGUGGGGAAUGAACUUGGUGCAAACCGGCCCGGGAAAGCUCGGGUUUCCAUGAUAGUCUCUCUCGUUUGUGCCGUAUCGAUAGGCCUCUUGGCGAUGUUGUUCACGACCUUGAUGAGACACCAAUGGGGCAAGUUUUUCACCAAGGAUACCGAAAUCCUCGAGCUUACAGCUGUAGCAUUGCCGAUCGCCGGGUUCUGUGAGCUCGGGAAUUGCCCUCAGACAACCGGUUGCGGGGUGUUGAGGGGUAGCGCAAGGCCGACCACGGGAGCCAACAUAAACCUGGGGUCGUUCUACCUGGUGGGGAUGCCGGUGGCGAUCCUAAUGGGGUUCGUGAUAAAAAUGGGGUUUGCCGGACUCUGGCUUGGUUUGCUAGCGGCUCAAGCAUCAUGUGCUUCGCUCAUGCUGGUAGUUCUUUGGAAAACAGAUUGGAUGGUUGAAGUGGAAAGAGCACGAGUGCUGACACAAAAAACAAGUAACAACAAACCAGUUCCUCCAUUGAUGAUUUCACCUAAUCCUAAAGAAACCAACAAGAAGAACAAGGGCGACGUUGAAGAGAUCAUUUUGUGCAUUAACGAUGAGCUUGUGAAGUUGGCCUCACUUGAAACACGCCCUCUCCUAUCUAACUCAUGAGGCACUUCUCAGAGUUUGCCCAACCCUUCUUCUUUUGCUUCACCAUCUCAUCAAAAUACUUCAACCCCACAUUAUAACUCGUUUUACUACAUUUCCACCCCGAUUUCUACUGUACAAGA